AUUAUUUUCUUUUGCUCAGCAUUAACAAGGUUCAACGCUGAUAGAUGCUAUAGCGAUGCUGCGGCUAGGGGUGUCCAUGCAUGGAUCGCUUUCAUGCCGCAACAUCCGCAACUUCCGAGAACUGCGAGUUGCGUAUGUUUAAAGCAACUUUAUACACUCUCAAGAUUAAAAAAAAACAAUGUCUAUGCCUUUAUGAAUGAUUUAGAAAAGCAUGGGGUAGUCAGUAGCUCUGAUAGCCGGCAUGCUCGAUAGCACCAUAUAGGGACCACAAAAGCUAUGACGUUUUUAGUAAUACGCUGGUCGUGAUGUACGCAUUAUUUAUUUAUAACUGCUAUUGCGGAUAAUGGGAAGCAUGUGUGUCGUGGUAACUUUAAUUCUUCUUGCACUUGGAACUAAUGGGCGGGUUGUGGAUGGACAGCUGGCUCGACCCUUUAAGGCGAUUUAAGGUCACUGUGGUCGUCCUGUCUCCGGGAUGUGGGUGGAAACUGGAGAUAAGCGAUGUUGUGCAGACGCACAGGAGCUGAAGAGGGUGCUUAGACCGAUGUAAUGAGAGCUUUGGCCAUGGACAGAUGAUGGAUGUGGAGACGUCAUAUUCGGAUUUCAUUACCUGCGAUCGGACAGGCCGCAGGAACGCGGUGCCUGACAUUAAAGGAGAGGGCGUUACCGUGGGCACGGGCGAGCUAACCAAAGACAUGUCUGAGAUGAACCUGAAGUCAGAAGAGGGGGAAGGCUCUGCUCAGGCCCCGCCCACGCAGGCUGACACUCCUGGGAACCAGGAAGCUCAAGCGGAUGGGAACCCCUCUUAGAUGGAGAUCUGCCCCCCGCCCCCCCCAGCACACACACCCCCCGAAGCCUUCUGAAGCCCACCCCCAGCAAGCCUUCGCCUCUCCUCCGGAUACACGCUGCGGCCGCAGGCUUUGGGAUGCCGCCCACACACAGCCCCCCCUUGUGGAUUUAUUUUGGUCCGACAGUCUUAGAACGCAGAUGAAAAGUCCCUGGAAACACUACAAAAGCCAACUCAGUCACUUUAAAAGAUGAAAGGAAAGAACGAAUGAAAAAGCUAAAAGAAAAAACAAGCAAGUACGGUCCCAGCAUUAAAAAUGGGCUGCUCUAAUCACCCUUUGAGAAACACAGGCCGGCUCUUUUCUCUCCAGUUCCCAACUAUUCAUCACCCACGAGGAGUGUAACUUAAUUGAACUGAACACUAUCAAUCACACAGAUACCAAAAAAGACUUGAAUCAUUCCCAAUUUUGUAUGUACCUUAUGUAUACACACCUUCUAUCUUACCUUGUUAUGCUUCAGUAUAAGUUGGUGGCCAUUAUUUGGGGAUAAUCAUGUAUGGGAUAUUUAUUUUAAGCUUUUCCCAGAGAUGUUUCUAUUAGGUUUUUAAGUAAUAAAAUUUGUAGAUGUGUGUCCAAAGUA